AUGCCUGUACAAGAAUCACUUGAAGAAACCGUUCAGUACUCACAAAGAAUGAAGGAGUACGCAGAUGAAGCAGAAGAAACACUUUCUUUAUGUGAUCUUCCAUUGUAUAGCACUGAUGGUGGUGUUGCUGAUUGGGAAGAGGAUUUGUCCACAGAGUCAAAUGGUGGUUCGAGCUCGACUUCAUCGUUGGAACAAGAUUACUUCGAGUUCUUCAGUCAAGACAUGAGUACUUACACCAUCCCUUUACCACCAGAGAACAUCAUCUUCUGCGGAAAAAUAAUUCCCUAUAAACAACCUCCUUUCCCAGCCGCGAAAGAUUCAAAGCUAGUUGAAACCAAGAAAAUGCGAUUGCAAGGCAAAGGUCUUUUCUGGCAGAAGUUGAAUAAAAAUGGUACAAAAAGCCCACCCAUGGAGAAGAAUAUUGAAAAGAAGUCCUUGGCAAUAUUGCCCGAAUCAUCAAAUAAAAUGUACGGCAGCAAUGAUAUGGGAAAAGGGAAAGAUUUUCCAGUUGGAAAAAUGUCAUUAUUAACUUCUUCUUCAUCAGGGAAAGCUAGAUGGUACUUAUUAUUGUUUGGAAUUACAGGAUUUUCAACAGAGAUGAAAUUUAGGGACAUCAAGAACAGGCAGAGCCGCCGAAAAAGUAGUCCAUCUCCGCCAAUGUUUCAAUUUAGAAGUGGGGAUGAUAAGGUCAAAAGUUCAAGAGGAAGCAAAGGAAAGGGGGCAUGGGGGCUGAUCAGGGCGUUGAGUUGCGGGGGCGGCCACCUCACAGACGCUGUUGUAACAGCUUGCCAUACCAAAUGUUAA